ACUUUGUCCCUCAGAGGUGACACCUGUGCUGACAGCCCCAGGCGGGGGCUCCCCCAGGAGUUGGAGCCCUCCCUGGGGGUGGCUGAGGUCCUGUUGGCCACGUCGCGUGCAUGUCAGCGGUGCGAUGCUGUGGGCUCUGCCCAGAAGCCGCUCAAGAAGCUGCAAAGUGCCUUUGUCACCCUGUGGCUGCAGCUCAGCCGAGGGCAGCCCAGCAGGGUCAGUGCAGAGGGUGCCCUGCCCGAGCCGGUUGGGUGUCACAAGCUCCUAGAGGAGCAAAAGUCUGAACUAGACCAGAGCUUCCCCAGGGGUUUGGUGGAAUCAGUGCUGUGGAAGGGGCUCCCCUCCACACCCCGCCCCGUGCCAGCUGGUUCGGCCCUUCCGCCCGCCUCAACCCUCUUUUUCUUUGCAGUGUUAAAGAAACGCCUCGUGAAGCUUGUCGUCAACUUUCUCUUCUACUUCCGGACAGACGAAGCGGAGCCCAUUGGAGCUCUGCUGCUGGAGCACUGCAGGAUCACCAAAGAGGAGGAGAACGUCUUCUCAAUCAGUUUCAUUGAGGAGCCAGAGAGGAAAUACUGCUUCGAAUGCGACAGUGAGGAGCAGUGUCAGGAGUGGAUUGAGGCACUCAAGCGAGCCAGCUAUGAGUUCAUGAGGAGGAGCUUGAUUUUCUACCGGAAUGAGAUCCAGAAAAUGACAGGGAAGGACCCCCUGGAGCAGUACGGGAUCUCCGAGGAAGCUCGCUUCCAGCUGGGAACACGCAAGCAAUAAUCCCCUCAACUGGGCUAACUGGGUGAACUGGCCCCAGGGUCACUCCCAAGUCCCCCCCCUGGGAAGAACAGCAGCACUUCCCCAGAGCAG